AACCGUCGUCGUUUCUGUUUUCUACCCUUUUCCUUGUUCGAUUUCUCCUCUCUGGUCUGCUGCUCUGUCUCCACCAUCCCUGGCCAGCUCCUCCAUCUCAUCCUGAUUUGGUUUACGAUUCGAUCCUGCUCCUGUGCUCUCUACUUGGAGUUGCUUUUAAGAGGACAAAAGGAAGAUGCAGCAGAGAAAAUCAGGGAGGCCGUCUGGAACCGAUGGCUUUGAUUUCUCGUAUAGGAUGGUCGUUGAUUCCCGUUAUACAAAGGUAGCCAAAGGAAAGUCUCGCCUCUCUGCGCUGAUCUUAACUCAGGCUGUCAUUCUAUUGAUAGGACUGCUAUAUAUUGUUUUAUCAAUAUCAAAGGAGAAUGGUCCAAACACACUCACUAUUUCAUCUUCCGUCAUUGGGUUGAUUUCUCUUGUCAUCGGGGAAUUAGGUCGAAGACGCAGUAGAGUAGGUUUCUUGAGAGUUUACAUCAUCAUGUCAUCUAUUGCAAUACUUCUCUCAGUAUUUUGUGCCAUUAGCAGCAAUUCAACAUUAGAGGUUUUUUGGUACCUGAGUGACAUGGAAAGAAAGAAGUUUGAACUUAUUGAAACUAUUCUGCUUGUGCUCGGAUUGCUUGUGCAGAUAUUUACUACUGCCACUGUAAUUUCACUAAUUCAUAAUAUGUCUCCUCCCAAGAAAGCUUCUUAACAUUUUCCUGUAACAUCAAAAUUACUUGCUAUGUCAAGGGUAACAGGGCAAUAUCCUAUACUCACUUUAUUGUUUCAAAUUGCCUUACAUUGUUUAGUGCAUUGGAAAAUUUAUCAAUUUAGGAGUUUGGUUUCCCAGAUAGUUAGAUGAGACUAUUAUCUUAUAAUCAUGAAGUGAUUAGUAAUUUGAAUUUUUAGUUGUGUCA